CUGAGUGCCACUGAAGAAGGAUCUUUUUCUGGAGGUUGCUCCUUGUGGAGUUUAUUGUGAGUCUGCGAUACUGGUGUGGGUUGGUGUUGAACGGUUUUCUAUAUCGAGUAGCAUGUCAGACCCAGUUCUGAGAACAGUGCACCCCAUGGAGAAGCUGGAGAUUGCAGAGGUAUCUGGUGCAGACAAUCUUGCCCUGGCACCUGCCACCAUGCCAGCAGCCGACUCACUGUGGGGACUGGAACGUCACUGUCACUAUAGAGACAGCUGCAAGGAUUCGGUUUCAAAAGGUGAAGAGAAGCUGGGAAUUGGAAAGUGCCACAUCCACAUGGUUCUUGAUCACCUCCAGGGACUCCACCAACCCCCUGUGCCACUGCCUCACUGCUCUUUGAGGAAGUGUUUUUAGCCGCAGAUCUAAGAAAGGGCAGGCUGGCAUGGAGAAAGAGAAGUUCCAGCAGAAGGCUCUGAAGCAAACUAAGCAGAAGAAAUCCAAGUCGGCUGAAUUUCUGAUGGUAAAGGAAGAGAGAACAGCAACAGAAGGCAUUGAAAAUCCAGCUUUUAACAUCAGCAGCGCAGAUCUUUCAGCAUAUCAGACUUCAGAGGAGGACGUUAUUAGACAUGACAAGCUGCAUAGCACCCUUGCAGCUCACCAACAAAAACUCAGGCUGCAAGCCCAUGCUGAACCAAGAGGAAAUGAGUACAGCAGAAAUUACUUUGACCUGCUGAUGGAUGAGGAAAUAAACCCAAGGCAGUGUGGGAUGGAGGUCAGUGAAGAAGAUCCUGUGAAAAUUGAGGAGCAAAUCCUGUAUGGUAAAAUGAUGAAGCUUCUGGAUGAAGCAAGCAAGAUAAUGGACUCUCAAGCCCCUGUCACCAGUGAAGAUUCUUCAGACUCCGUGAUGCCUGUCAGCUUCAGUAAGACACGUGACCUUCACAAGGAGCUUGAAGAUGAAGUGAUUCCUUCAUAUAUCGAACAGUUCGAGAGAGAUGUUCAGGAUGACAUAAUUAUGUUUGGCAGCUUUUCACUGGAACAGGACUCAAAGCACCACAAAGAAGCCUCCCACCACAAUAAAAAAAAAUUGCAAGCCAGGAUUCACAAGCUCUUUCAAAGAGAGGGAAGCCAGCCAUUGGCAGCGGAGGUGAAUGGAUGUGGAGAAGUUCCAGGCAGCUCUGGUAACCUUGCAGGCAUGAGUACUGGAUUAAAAGGAGCAGCAGAACUUUGUGCAAAGGUUGACUGCUCCAAGACACCGCAGCCGAUAGAAGUUCACAUCAAGUGCCUGAGGGGAGUGAAAGAUAAGGUCCCCAAAGGCCAUUAUACCCUGAAACUUUCUGUUCUCACCUGCCUUGGUGGUGACUUGCUACAGUGGCCCAAACAGCAGGAGGAGCCUUCGGCCAGAUCCACUUUACCUGUUAGUCACGAUGGAAACUUCUACAAUGCUGAAAUGUACUUUGGACAAAGUAUCAAAGCGGUUCUACCACCUAGAAAGGCUGUGAAGCCAGGCAUGGUGGUACUCUUUGAACUCUUCCUUCUUCGUGGCACGUGUACAUGGAUUGACCGAGAAGUGGGAUGGGGAGCUUUUCCCCUAUGUGACAACAAUUUUAAUACUUUGGAGGGAAAGUUUAAAUGUCCUUUCCUCAGAGGCCAUUACAAUUCUAAAGUUGACCGAUUCAAAAAAAUAGAAAAUUUAAUUUCUCAAGAUUUGGACCAUUGGUUGUGCAAUCUCUACUUUCAGAUAAUUAAACUGCCACCAGAUUCAGAUAAGCAAAAUGAGUGUGAUAUGCAUCUUCAUCUCCUACCAGAAUAUCUCAUGUAUUCAAGCACUGCUGAAAAGAAUGGAGCUUCAGAGAAGGUUAAACAUCCUGGACCACGAGAGAAUGAUUUUUACCAGGAUUGCUGUGGUUUUACAGAUGAGCAGUGUGGCUUGUUUCAGCUGAAGGAUGACCAAGGAGUGCACCACAAGUUCAACUGGAAUAACCCUCCUGAAGAACACUAUCAAGAAAAAUCAAGUGCUAUGAACAACACAAACCUAGAAGAAGGAAAAGCAUCUUCAGAGAGCAAUUUUUACUUGGAGGAGUUAGAGAAAUAUACCUUUUCUGUGUGCCGCUGCUCUGCCGUCAAGGUGAAGCUGUUCCGCAGGGUUGCUGAGCAUUUCCAUUUUGGGGUAUACGCGACCUUCUCAGAACUGGGAGCUGCACACCUGCAUUCCUGGGACUUCUGGCUGCUUGUACUGCUGGUCUUGUUGCUUUGGUUCUUGAGACUCUACCUGCAUUACUAUAGCCAGUGGCUCUUCCUUCAGAGCAUCUCAGUUCCUGUUACAAAAUUCAAGUUUUUCCCUCACACUGUUGAACUGUGCUACCAGAACUCCUUGCUGCAGACCAGUGAAGAGUUGGUUGUGGUCGUGGUGGGACCCCUAACCUUGAAUGCUGGGUUGCUGCUUAUGGUCCUGAUCAGAUGGGUCUGUCAGCAGCGAUUUGACUCAUUCCCUUCCUUCUUGUCAAAGUUUAUCAUAGCUCUGGGACUCUGGACAGUGCUGGACCCGUUGGCAGUGUUUAUAGUGGAUUCAUUCCUGGGGCGACUUGCAUACAGUGUAGAGAAACCCAUUGCUGAUGCUGCAAAGCUCUACUGGGUGUUUCUAAGAUCGGAGGAAUCAGGGGUUUCUGGUGCACUAAUCACUGUGAUGCUUUAUACAGUCCUGUUCAUCAUCUCAUCGACAGUGUUGUACCUUUACUUUCUAAGGCUACACAGUGAGGGGUGGCUGUUGGAUGUAUUUCAACGCAUUCAUGGUGAAGAAGGUACAUUCUUCGUUCCAUUGGACUUAGAGAUUUCCAUUCAGGAACUGAGCUACAUUAUGAAAAGAGCUGAGCAGUGGAGAGGAAUCAAUGGUGAAAGACGGAUGGUGGCAGUGUAUGAUUACAUCUGGAAGGACCAUGGCAGCCACUCUGGUGUCUCCAGCUGUGACCUCCAGCCCCAGGAUGCGAUCUGCGACUCAAGAGGUACCACCGUUCACGUGUCAGUGUUCACUGUGCACCUCAGCGGCUUCCAGCAGCUCUACAGACACUUCCUCCGGCUGCCUGAUGGGGCUAUCGUUGAGGCAUUUGGUGAUAUUCCUGGAGUGAGUCUUUUGGGUAAUGAAGUGAGCACAGCCCAGGAGCACGUAAGCAAAACGGACAGUGUGCUGCAUACAUCUUCACGCAUCGAGCUGAGGGAGAGGAAAAAGAGUACAGCUAAAGGAAAUCCCAUUACUUGUGACAUGAGAUAAUUCCUGGAAGACUGUAUAGUCCACUGGAGUUGUUUACAACAUCAUUCACAUCCAUGGUACAAUUACUGUCUGACAGGAUUUACGGUUCUGAUGUCCAUACCUCUCAGCAUACAGCAUUAUCCUGCAUGGUUCGUUGCCCUUCUACGGCUUCAACAAACAUUUCAGUGUGAGGAGCUCAGUGAAGCAGAUCAUGGAUCUGAUAUAUAAUUAUUACCUGUGAGUUUUUUUUUCCUUCCAAAUAGUGUGAUUUUUUUCAGGUUUCCCUGUACCUGCCUGCCUUUUUAGAUUUGGGGAAAAUAUUGCUGAUUUAUCAUUCAUUUCAUGAAUCAAAUGAUCACUGUUUUCAGUAACUGUUCAAAGCACAACAAGUAAUUGCAAGGAUGCAAAGAUGCCCAGAAAAAGAACAAUGAUGGCUUCAUGCCACGAAAAACCACCAGUUCUGAAGCCAAAUCUCAACAGGCUGCAAAAUUUACAUGAUCCCAGAGGAGAUCAGCUUGCUAGGGUCUUAAUGUUGGACAAACCUCCUUCUCUGGGAGCUACAGCAUCUGAAAACAACCGGAGAUUAUCCUUAUGCUUUCUCACUAGUACUAAAGUAUUGCUCAUUAGUUUGAACCAGUUAAUGCCUAGUCUGUUUCAUUUCAUACAAAUGCAUAAGAAAUGAAGUCCAUGCCCCAAAGGCAAGGAUGCGUAAGAUAGCAGAAGGAGAAGGUGGGAAGGUAAAUAGAAGUAAGAAAAGUGAAAUCCUUCUUCCAAGGUCAUGAAAGUCAGCAGCAAAUGCAGAAAUAGAGGGCAAGCUGUCAGUGCUCUGACUCUUGGUGUUCUCUGUGCUAGAAUCCUUUUUUUUUCCUUGGAAAUACAGACAGAAAAGGGAAGAGUCUCAUCUUCCUGCAGCUUUGAAUCAUUCACAUACAACACUUAUUCAAUUAACAGCACAUAGGUGACAUUUUUCUACAAAGUAUGCUUUUCUGAUGGUUUUUUUUUUUUUUCAGACUGGUAAGUUAAAACUUCUUACAGAUGCAAUUGCCUCUGUAAGAUCUUGCCAGGUGCCUUGAACACUGUUGAUUAAUUUUGAUACGUAAACCUGUGAUUUAUGUCCCCCCAAAUUAUCAUUAAAUUACACCAUACUGCAACCUGUAAAUUUAAAUGUCAAUUCUGAAAGCAGUUUAUCUUUGGGUUUGAAAUGUAAUGAUGUCGCUUCCAUUUUUUUUUUUCUUCUUCUAAUUGAUUUGUGUGCAGAAGUGUGUGUUUGUACAUGUAACGUCAGGACAGGAAUGGUGUUAAAAAUCUUCUGAGUAUCUAUAAGCAGUGAUGUAAUUUUGGUGAUUUCUCUUGCAUCAGAUAUUGCUUGGAUAGCUACUCUCUGCCAUUGCAGAAAUAAAAUUGUCUUCUUAAUUUUUGCUUUGCCUUUUGACAUCUUAAACUGUCGUAUAUA